AUGAAUGACACAUUGACCAGUAGCGAAGGAAAGAAGAAAAGAGCCUCACGAGCUCAAAAUGUCUGUUUUCCCAUUUCAGCACAAAUUGAAGUGAUACCAUGCAAAAUUUGUGGCGAUAAGUCCUCUGGAAUCCACUACGGAGUCAUCACAUGUGAAGGCUGUAAGGGAUUCUUUCGAAGGAGCCAGCAGAACAAUGCUUCUUACUCCUGCCCAAGGCAGAGAAACUGUUUAAUUGACAGAACGAACAGAAACCGGUGCCAACAUUGCCGGCUGCAGAAGUGUCUUGCCCUAGGAAUGUCUCGAGAUGCUGUCAAAUUUGGGAGGAUGUCCAAGAAGCAGAGGGACAGCCUGUAUGCAGAAGUGCAGAAGCACCAGCAGCGGCUUCAGGAGCAGCGGCAGCAGCAGAAUGGGGAGGCAGAGGCCCUCGCCAGGGUCUACAGCAGCAGCAUCAGCAAUGGCCUGAACAACCUGAACAACGAGACGGGUGGCACCUAUUCCAAUGGGCACGUCAUUGACUUGCCGAAGUCUGAGGGUUAUUAUAAUGUGGAUUCAGGCCAGCCAUCCCCAGAUCAGUCAGGACUGGAUAUGACUGGAAUCAAACAGAUAAAGCAAGAGCCUAUCUAUGACCUCACUUCUGUACCCAACUUGUUUACCUAUAGCUCUUUCAACAAUGGGCAAUUAGCACCAGGGAUAACCAUGACUGAAAUAGAUCGAAUUGCCCAGAACAUCAUUAAGUCCCAUUUGGAGACGUGUCAAUACACCAUGGAGGAGCUACACCAGCUAGCCUGGCAGACUCACACGUAUGAAGAAAUUAAGGCGUAUCAGAGCAAGACCAGAGAGGCAUUGUGGCAACAGUGUGCUGUUCAGAUCACUCACGCAAUCCAAUAUGUGGUGGAGUUUGCGAAGAGGAUCACAGGUUUCAUGGAGCUCUGUCAAAAUGAUCAGAUUCUCCUCCUGAAGUCAGGUUGCUUGGAAGUGGUUUUAGUGAGAAUGUGUCGUGCCUUCAACCCACUAAACAACACUGUUCUGUUUGAAGGAAAAUAUGGAGGAAUGCAAAUGUUCAAAGCCUUAGGUUCUGAUGACCUGGUGAAUGAAGCAUUCGACUUUGCAAAGAAUCUGUGUUCCUUGCAGCUGACCGAGGAAGAGAUUGCCUUGUUCUCAUCUGCUGUGCUGAUAUCUCCAGACCGAGCCUGGCUGAUAGAACCUCGGAAGGUCCAGAAACUUCAGGAGAAGAUUUAUUUCGCGCUUCAGCAUGUGAUUCAGAAGAAUCACCUCGAUGAUGAGACUUUGGCAAAGUUGAUAGCCAAGAUACCGACUAUCACCGCAGUUUGCAACUUACACGGAGAGAAACUGCAGGUAUUUAAGCAAUCUCAUCCCGAUAUAGUGAACACACUGUUUCCUCCAUUAUACAAGGAGCUUUUCAACCCUGACUGUACCACAGUCUGCAAAUGAAGGGGAGCACAAAGCUGUCAUGUGGUUCUGGAAUGUGUGACUCUUAAGGCAAAAGCAAUGCUCUCAUGAAGACUUAUGAAAAAUGUCACUACUGCAACACUAGGAAUGUCCUGCACUUAAUAGAAUUAUUUUUCACCGCUACAGUUUGAAGAAUGUAAAUAUGCACCUGAGUG